AGGAGAGACAGUGUGUGGGGCGGGAGCUCCUUCCCGGGGGUGGGGGGAAGCACCCGUGGGCCGGCUGUCGCCCCGCUCCUCCCCUCGCCUCCGUCCCUUCAGCCGCCGCGGUGUUCUGCUGUUCCAGCUACUGUAUCAGGCUUGAAAAAUCUUUCCCUUUCUCCCCAGGCUUGGUAAUGUGAAGGACAGAUUUCAUGUUUCCCCGAAGUUAACUCCAAGCUGACUUCUCGCUGCAAAUGGACAGUUUGUCAAAGAUGAGGCUAGGUGGAGCAGGUUCUUGCUGUCUCAACUAUGGAAGGCCAACUUUAUGGUAACGUGGAGAUUUCUGUGGGAAAACCUCCAGGAGCAAGUCCUCCAUCCUUUGUUGCUCUGCUGAAGGUAUACCGAGAACUUCUGGUCAGUAGAAUCCGAAACACGCAGUGUUUGAUUGACAACUUGAUUAAGAAUGACUACUUCUCCACUGAAGAUGCAGAGAUUGUUGUCCAAUUUGCAACUCAAGCAGAUAAGGUUCGCAAAAUUCUAGACUUGGUUCAGAGCAAGGGAGAAGAAGUCUCAGAAUAUUUCAUCCGUGUCCUACAGAAAGUCACUGAUGCUUACUAUGAACUUCAGCCUUGGCUGGAUGAAAUAGGUUACGAGCCUUCAGAGAAUAUUUGUAGUAAACCUGUGGUAAAUACAGAUCCGGUUAGCAGGUAUUGCCAGAAACUCAGACAUGAACUGGGACGGGACUCCAAGUUUGUUAUGUCCUACGCUCAAAGGGAAGAGAUGCUGCUUGAAGAAAUCUACUCUAAUAGUAUUAUGGAGCUGGUCAGUUUUACCAAUGAGAGCCUAGGCAAAGUGUCUCAAUUAGAAGCCCUUUUUGAUGAUGCAGUUGGGCUAAUUAAUGAAGAUGGAGAGACUGUUUAUGUCUUCGGUGAUGCGGGAAUUGGAAAAUCCAUCUUGCUGCAGAAGAUACAAAGUCUUUGGGCCAGAAAAGAAUUGGACAUAGGGGCCAAAUUUUUCUUCCGUUUCCGAUGUAGGAUGUUUAGUUGCUUUAAGGAAGAUGAAGCCAUAUGUUUGAAAGACUUACUCUUCAAAUAUAAUUGCUACCCAGACCAGGACCCCACAGAGGUGUUUCAUCACAUCUUGCAAUUCCCUCAUACAGUUCUUUUCACAUUUGAUGGCUUCGAUGAGAUCUAUUCCAACUUUGAUCUCAGUAGUGUUCCUGAGAUAUGUUCACCCAAUGAACCCACCCACCCACUGGUGCUGCUGGUAAGCCUUCUCAGAGGAAAGCUUCUUAAGGGAUCCGAGAAAAUUCUUACAGCAAGGACAGGAACUGAGAUCCAAAGAAACAUCGUUAGAAAGAAAGUGUUACUCCGUGGUUUCUCCAGCAAUAAUCUGAAGGAAUACACUGCCAUGUUUUUCAAAGAUGAGGGGCAACGAACACUGGUAUUGAACCAGUUGGAAGCCAACCCCAAUCUCUGCAGUUUAUGUUCAGUGCCUUUAUUUUGUUGGAUUAUCUUUAAAUGCUAUGAACACUUCCAUUCCAUGUCGGACAGCCACGAGCUUCCAGACUGUUCUGUUACAUUGACAGAUGUGUUUUUGCUCAUGAUUGAAGUCCAUCUGAACCGAUCUCUGAAAACAAGUUUGCUGAAGAACAACACCAGAAGCCAAGCAGAGAUGUUCAAAUCAAGAAAGGAAACUCUUCUAGCCUUGGGUAAAAUGGCAUACAAAGGCAUGGGGAACUCUUUCUUUAUCUUCGAGCAGGAGGAGGUCUCAUCAGCAAACAUCUCUGAAGAAGAUUUGCAAUUGGGCUUUCUCAGGACAGUUAAAGGUUAUAGUGGCUGUGACGAUCAGUCCACUUACGAGUUCUUGCACUUAACCCUUCAGUCUUUUUUCACAGCUUUGUUCCUGGUUAUUGAAGAGAAAGUGGGUGCCAAGGAGUUACUUCAGUUUUUCAAUGAAUGCUCUUCCACUGAGACUGCCCAGCCUACUUGCCUUCGUAUUCCUUGGUUGAAGAAACAACUAGCAAGGGAGGAUCCUUUCCGAAAUAAUGAACACUUUCAUUUUACCAACCUGUUUCUUUGUGGCCUGCUUUCUAGAUCCAAGCAGAAGCUUUUCAGACAUUUAGUUCUGCCUGCUGUCAUUAAGAAGAAAAGAAAGACGCUCAUCACAUACCUUGGGGAGAGCAUGAAAUCCCACCUGAAAGGCCUCACUCGGUCCAGACUUCAAACCUACAAUCAGAUCCAGGUCCAGCCCAAUUUUGUUUGGAUGCUGAGGUGCCUUUACGAGACCCAGAGUGAGAAAGUGGGGAAGUUGGCUGCCAAACGCAUGCACGCCAAUUACAUCAAGCUCACAUACUGCAAUGCCUGCUCUGCUGACUGCAGUGCUAUUUCCUUCGUUGUGCAUCACUUUCAAAAGCGCCUGGCUCUGGAUUUGGACAACAAUAAUAUCAAUGAUUACGGAAUAAACCAGCUGCUACCUUGUUUCAGCAAGCUUGCAGUGAUCAGGCUCAGUGUAAAUCAGGUCACAGAUCACGGUGUAAGGAUCUUGUAUGAAGAACUCUCGAAGUACCAAAUUGUGACUUUCUUGGGCUUAUACAACAAUCAGAUCACUGAUGUCGGAGCCAAAUAUGUUGCAAAACUAAUUGAAGAGUGUUCGAGCCUUGAAUACGUUAAAAUAGGAGCAAACAAAAUAACGAGCGAAGGAGGGAAGUGCCUUGCCCGGGCCAUCCAGAAGAGCAAGACAAUGUUUGAAAUUGGGAUGUGGGGUAAUCAAGUUGGAGACGAAGGAGCAAAGGCAUUUGCAGAGGCCCUGAGGAACCACCCCAGGUUAACUAAUGUGAGUCUUGCAUUCAAUGGCAUCACGACAGAGGGAGGCAAAAGUAUUGCUGAAGCUAUGCAACACAACGACUCUGUGAAAAUAUUCUGGUUGACUAAAAAUGAGCUGGAUGAUGAGGCAGCAAUGAGUUUUGCAGAGAUGCUGAAGGUCAACAAGAAACUGGUGCAUUUAUGGCUUAUCCAGAAUCAAAUUACAGCCAAAGGGGUGAAGUACCUCAGCGAAGCUCUCAAGGAGAACACAGCUAUUAAAGAAGUCUGUCUGAACGGGAACCUGAUAAGCCAAGAAGAGGCCAAAGCUUUUGAAAAUGAAGAGCGGAUCAUUUGCUUUUGAAUGAGGACUUUCCCAUUUUGACAAGCUUCGUGUUACAAAGGUCACUCCUACACUUGGACUGCAGAGUUUAUAAAGGCGUAAAUCUGCAGUGCUCAUGGCAGGAGAGAGAUACGUGAUUAGCUGCCUUUUUAUGAACAUGCUGCGCUCCCUCAGCUCCAUCCCUUACCCUGCCUGUUAUUCUUAAUCCUUUUGGUGAGUGGGAAGUUGCCUGGGUAAAUAAUUCAUGUUUGUAAGAUGCUUUGAAGAUGAAAUGCAACGUAUUAACAGACCAAAUCCACUGGCAGGUGUAUGCGUUUUGAUAACUGAGUUUAGAUUUCUUCUGUACACUGAUGUAAAUAAUCUCUUAACUUAUUUAUAUACAUAAAUACACACACACACGCACACAUAUAUUUGCAAGAAAGGGUGCAAGAUGUACAAACUCCACAAGCUCACAGUAUUAUCUGCCUCAUGACUGAAAACGAACAUCUCUAGCUUUACUGGAAACAUAAUCCAUCUAUAAUAGUUGCAUCGUACCAAUGUUUCCAAUAUUAAUACCUUUAUCCUGCCUAGAAAUUAGACCCUUAUUUCUCCAUUGACUACAGACAGCAUUGUAGGCACUGCUUUUUUUUAUUUUCUUUUUUUUUUUUGAGAAAUGGAUACAUCAGGCUGAGAUUACUUUCAAUAUUUUUUUCCAUAUUGAAGCCAAUACAUUUUUCUCUUCUACAACCAGAAAGUCCUUACUGCCAUCUCUGUAAAAGCAUAAAACUGGCAGUAAAACACUUUUUCUUAAAUUUUCCUGAGGGCUGCAUAGAAACUGCUACCUCCUGUUUUCACAGUGUUUGUUCUGGGGAGGGGGUCUGGAGCUAAAUGUGAAAUAUUAAUUAGCAGGCUGUUCAUUGCCUUGGCUCUUGGCCUAGACUCUGUGCUGAUGGCAAUACACCAAUAUUGAGUUGCCUCGAUUCAGUGGGGGGAAAGGACAAUUGAAAAUCAAUUGCGUCAAGUAGAAAUCCCUUCUCCCAGCAACACAUAAGCACAGCGAAGGUUUGAGAUUUGCUUGGAAAGCUUUUAUUCUAUGCUUGAAUUAGGGGAAAGGGCAAGGCAAGGGGCAGGUAGCAAUGAUAAGGACCAGCAAGAAAACACUAUCCCCCCCCCAAAUAAUUACUGUUUAGGGAGUGUAAGUUUAGAUGCCCUUCAAAGAAACCAGUUCGCAAAGGAGUAGGGUAUUUGGUUAUAUUUUUUUGUGUGCAAAUUAGGCAUGUUUUAUAAAGGUAAACCAAAAUUGUACUCCACAGUGUAUACAACGAACCUAAAAUGGAAAAGUAUGAUCCAUUUUCUUUCCUUCUCCCGUGUUACGACACCCUGCCCUCCCAAAAAAAACAACUUUGGGAAACAAUUCUGCAGUUGCUGACUAACUCACAGAAACCUUAGUAGGCUGGAAGAAUCAUCUUGUUAAAAUGCCAAACCAAUGAACCCUCACCUUCCCAUCUCCCAAAUCUGCCCAUAGAGCAAUACAUGAAAAAAGGCUGGCUUUGUCGGUCAGAGUUUCUCUGUUUCCUACGUGGAAAGACGUAGGAAACAGAGACCUUUCCCAGUCCCCAAUUCUGUCUACUCCCUUCAGCUCCCGAACACCUUUUAAAAUACUCAUAAAUCUUUUCACAUAACCUACAGUUAAAAAAAAAAAAAGGAAAAAAAAAGAAGAGAAGAAAAACAAUUUAGUGUUCCUUAUUUUUCAGUGGCUUUUCCUCCCUGUCCAUGGUAUCAGCGCUGAUUUUUCACAGGGAGACAGAUGAGUCUUUUGGACCGUGCUGGAGGAAAGUCAGUUAACUUGAAUGAUUUCUGCACCUGAGCCAUUUGUUUACUGAAGCAAAAGGGCACACAGUUACAGAUGAGUAGGAUUUCAAUUGCAAAAACAUCUGCCAAAGCAAGGCCUUUAAAGACUUCUCAGUGACUUUAACAAAUCACACUCGUGCACGUCGUCAAAAUGUUGUUGCUCUUUUGCCAGCCUGCCCGUAUGGAGGGGAGGAGAUGCUGGUGCAGGCAGGGCCUUCACCAGAGGUGUCAUCUGCCUGCAUUGGAGGCAAGUGCGCUCCCAGUCUGCUCUAAUCACUGAAUUAUUUGCUCAUUUACCAGGUAGAAAAUAUAGUUUAAAACUCCAGCUCCUGUCCUCAUUUCACUGAUAGACAAAAGCAGUGCAGAGCGUCCCUGACAGCUCCCUCCAAGCUUUCCGAUGCAGUCACUUUUGCCCCUUUUUGGUUCAGAGCAGCCUUUGGAGCUAUUUCUAGCGUGACAACCACCUCAGCCCUGUUGCAAAUGCUGUUACAAGCCCAGCUGUUACAAGCCAAGGCGUCCAGAGCCGUGUGUUCAGGGAUAGGAGCAGCUGCAGGGCUGCAGCAGCUAAACACAGUCUCAAAGUGGUGGCAGGAUCAAGCCCAGCUCUACGUAGGGCAGAGUUUUUGCACUGAUUAGGGUGCCAGUGACUGUGCAGAGGUGAUUUCCAUCUCCGAGCACUGAUUUGGGCGCAGCUCAGCCUGGCUUUGACCAAACCGAGGGGUUUCACGGCAUCCUGCUCCCGGUUCACCCAGGGGAGAGGGUCUGCUUCACGCAGCACGUCAACAGCUUCAGGAAUCUGGUGCUGGGGAACCGGGGUGCUGCUCUGGGAGCAGCCGGAGUCCCCUUGUUUAUUGGCACAGCGUUUCAGGCUGCAGUUCUUUCUUCAUAGUCUUACUGGACUAUUUGUAGAGCGCAUCAGAACAACACAAUCGCAGCUUGCAGCAAGAGGAACCGUAACUUUUUUAAGACUUGUUUGUAAUUUGCUAAGACCUUCUCUGUAUGCAGCGUUAUGUUUUUUCCACUUGUCCCCUGUGAUAAUA